UUUUACAAUGGUUACGUAAAGGACUAAAACAGAAUAUAUUAUAUUAUCAGAUUGACAUGUUUAACUGUUACCCGCUGACGUGUAUUUAAAGCCUUUAAAGGUACAAAAACCUUCAGCAAGUUUGUAAAAUUGUGUCUCCUUAUUUGGAGAAAUUAUAUAUUAAAAUCGUAUCUGCGUAUGUUUUGUAAUAUCGUCAUUGUCACGGAAUGGGAUCGAAAAUAGAGAAAAAAAAAAUCUGAUCUGACAUCAAUUUGACAUUCUUGUCAAAUUAUAUCGAAAGAAAACGUCAUUGUUUUCGUUUUAUUUAUUACAUUAAUUUUAAAAUUUGUGUAAGAAAAAUCAAUUAAAUGUAGUAUGAUAUUAUAAUGAUGAUACAUAACUUGUAUAUUUUCGACCGCUACGGUACUCUACUCUACUAUGGAGAGUGGAAUAGAACGAAACAAUCUGGAAUGUCUAGGGAGGAGGAAGGAAAACUUAUGUAUGGAAUGUUAUUUUCAAUAAAAUCGUUUGUCGCAAAGAUAUCUCCCCUGGACCCAAAGGACGGUUUCCUGAAUUACAAGACGUCUAAAUACACCCUACACUGUCUGGAAACUCCGUCAGGUCUGAAGUUUGUCAUGAACACUGAUAACCAAGCUCAAGGUGUCAGAGAAAUGUUAAAAAAGAUUUAUGGAGAAAUUUAUGUUAAAUAUGUUGUAAGAAAUCCUUUGUGUGGUAUUGGAGAGCCGAUAACAAGCGAACUGUUUAAGAAUAAACUUGAUACUUUUAUAAAACAAGCACCACUGAAUACAGUUAGGGCUUCUUGAUAGUUUUAAUCUUAUAAAUAAAAUGUAAUAUAAUUAAAUUUGUUUAAUUUUAUUUGUUAGAUGGUUUUAAUAAACCUUUAUUAAGCAUCUCAUUUAACCAUAGUAAUUAUAAUUUUAAGAGAUACUUUUUUUUUAUAAAAUAUAUUUAAAAGAGGUUUUAUGUUUUUUAAGUAAUACAAUCCCGUAUGAUUAGUAUUUUGUGUUGAAAAUAUGAAUUAUAGAUAUGUUUGCUGUUUAUAUAAAUGCGUAAUAAAUCUUACACAUAUUUUAUGAUUAAAAAA